AUGGAUGAUCUUCAACCGGAAGCAACCCUAGCGGCUCACAACGAGGUUCGAGCCGCGGUUGGGGUGGCUCCAUUGGUGUGGGACGAUGAAAUUGCUGCCCAUGCACAAAACUACGCUAACGUUCGAUCCAAAGACUGCAAAAUGCAACAUUCUACCGAUGGAACCUAUGGCGAAAAUAUAGCGGCCGGGUGGGUCCAGCCUGUGGACACAAUGAGCGGUCCGAUUGCGGUUAAGUUUUGGUUGACGGAGAAACCUCAUUACAAUUAUGCAACCAACAGGUGUAGUGAUGUUUGUGGACAUUACACUCAGAUGGUGGCUAACCAAUCUACACGAGUAGGUUGUGGUACGGUGAGGUGUUUUGAUAAUACGUAUGUAUGGGUCGUAUGUAACUAUGCACCUAGGCCGAUGGGUGAUGCGAAUACACGUCCGUAUUAA